AUCAAGAAAGACUUUUUAUAUAGAUAAUAAAAAUCGAAUAAAAAUGAAUUAUUGAUGUUAAUAUAAAAUGUGUAAAAAUCUUAAAUAAAAAUUUAUAAAAAGUGUAUCUGCCCUAUGGAAUCCAAUUUUACUCUUGAUAUUUAUUUAAGAUUAUAUGAACAUACAAUUAAUUUAAAUCAAUUUAUUGUCUCAUUUAAAAUAGAACUUUGAUUAAUUUAACUCAAAUAUGUCUAUCUCUGGGUUAAACAUUUGUUCUAACUUAUCAACUGAACACUGGAUUCUUGAGAAUUACACAAACGAAACUCAGGAUAAACAUUCCCAUGAACGUAUUUCAAGCUUAGAAAAUUCUUUUCAUUAUUAUUGGAAUGUAAACAAUUGGAAUAAUUCCAAACUCAAAUCUAAAAGUAAUAAUUUCACUGAUAAACUUUCUGAAUCACUGAAUGAAGAUUUAAUUCGGAUUGCAGAAUGUUUGAUCAGUUUUAUGGAUGAUUUUAAUCUAUCAAAUUCCUUUACUGAUUUUUCGUAUGAAUUUAAAACCUUGAAGGGCUCAAUUUUAACUUUAAUACGUGAUUCAAUCUUUAUGAGUUUUUAUAAUAUUCAAAAUUGUUCACAUUUAUUCCCACAUAGUUGUUUUACCAUAUAUUCAAAUAAAGACCUUAACUUCUACGAAUACGUUUAUGGAUUACUCAGAACCACUUUAUGUAAACCAUUAAACUGUAGAAAGCCACCUCGUUCUGAUGAGUUGAGUUGUAUUUAUACACUCGACUUUUCUGAAUACUGCGGAACCUUCGGGUCGAACUUUUGUUAUACAAAUCGUUGUUAUUUGGGUGUUUGUUGUUGCAGAAGUUGCUGUAAAGUGAUCGACAGUCUGGAUAAAAAUCAUAAAGAUCCUCUUUCUAGUGAUAACCUGGUAAAACUAUUAAAGAACGAACAGAACUGUUUGAUUAAAUUCCUGAUUCAUAAUAAAAAAUCCCCAACUUUAGAGUAUGAACUUUUGAAGAUAACUUCUAAUUCUUUGGUUCUAAAGGCCAAAAUUAAAGAAAAACUACAUCACCUACUGAAUGAUAAGAAUUCAACUUUAAGAUCCUUAUUUACGUUCAGUUUUGUAAUGAUUAAAAAUUUCGAGGCUCUAUUCAACUGUGGUUUGAAUACUGAGAAUAACAAUGUAAAUUUUGCAUCUAUGGCUCUGGAUCUUCUUUCUGAGUAUUCUGAGCUUUGGGGAACAUUGAGACUUCCAUUAUUUUCAUUUGCUUUUCUAAAACCCAACAGUCCUGGUUUUGGUGAAUUCAAUUCAUCAGGUUUCAGCAGUUCUGAUAUCCAUUUUAGGGGAGACUCUUCUUCUUUACAAACGUUUUCAUACUCUCCGUUAGUACUUCUUACGAAUAGGUUUAAAAAUCUUGGCACAAUUUCCGAUGGGCUGUUUGAUGAGAAUUCUAAAUUGAUUUAUUUACAAGACUCAGUUAAGAAGUACUCUAAGUCCGACUCAAAAGCGGCUUUGAAUAAUCAAUUUUCAAGAGAGAUGAUUAAGAUUGUUAGAGGAUACACGUUGGAUGAGAUUAAGGUACUAAACCGCCUAGCCUAUUGUGAAAGCUUGAGGGACAAGUGCGGAAACUUUGGAGAUGUUUAUCGAAAGUAUCUAGAAAAAGCAACCUGUUUGAGACAAAUCACUGAUUUUUCAAGCACUUUUGGCAUUUAUCCUGAGUUGUCAAAGUUUUCUAACACUAAUAACUUUUGUCCCCUGAAGGAGGUCAACGGCAAAGUGGUUCCCAGAACUGGGGUUGAAUCUUUGGUUCUUACUGAAAAGACUAAAAAUGACCUCCAUUCGUUUUUGUCUCAAGAGAUUUGUCAUUUUUUUGACAUACGCAAUAAAAGGCCCUCGGUAGGACUUGUUAUAAAGGGAGACUCUGGAGUGGGUAAAACUUCACUGGCUCAAUGUUUAGCUCAAGAGAUGAACAGUGUAUUAUUUUCAUUUAAUGUUUUAAGCUUUCUAAGACCUGAAGUUGGACUUUCAGAGAAGAUUAUACAUUCUUUCCUUUAUAAAAUUUGGACUCAGUUUUCAUCCUCUAAACAGGGCCCUAGAAGGGACUCGGUGAAGUGUGUAAUACUUUUAGAGGGGUUAGAAGCCCUGAAAGGAGAAGAAGGAUACCUUAAAAGGCUAAUUUCUUGCAUUUGUAGAGAGUUGGAUGAAUUUAAACUAAGAGCCACUUUUGCGUUGGACUAUUCAGUUUUAUUUGUAACGACAUGUCAAGACUACUCUGAAUUGCAGGCUGAACUUCUCCAGGAAGGACGAUUUUCUGAAAGGCUGGAGUUAUCUAAGCCAGAGAUGGAUGAAAACACGGCCAGGAAGUGUUUUGAGUUGUUUUUGAAUUUGAGGUGCGAUAUUCAUGAUCAAAUGGACAAGUUGGUUCAACACAUUAAGAUCAAAAACUAUCUGUCCCUUUUAACACCUCUAAAAAUAGCUGAAAUUUCGAGAAACGCGGCUUUACAAGCUUUCACAGAAAUUAUGAGCAGAUAUAAAGAUUCUGAGCAUAUGGAAGAUUUUGGAAAGAAUUUAAUUAGUUUGGAAACAAUUAUAGCAGUAUUAGAUUCUAAAUUUAGUUAGUUUUAAAUGAUCUGAUACCAAUGAUUGGAAUCCCUCAGUUAUCCUGUGGAAUCAUUCUUGUUUUAACCGAACAGUGGACAAUUUUCAAGUAAUUUUCAUUAAAAUAUUUUUUAUCUUGAUCACGCAUAUUUUAAAAUUUGUGAAACUAAAAAUAACCAGAUCUUGGGGUUUAUAUCUAAGUAGAUCAUGUUAGAUUUUUCGAUUUAUGGUGUCGCUUCAAACUAGUCCAACGUAAAUGUGUAUUUUUAAUUUUGUACCAUAAA